AUCUCAGCGAUCGAGCCGCUCUUAUAAAAAUGCAGGGAUGGCAGUGGAAAUGUUCAACCCUGAGGUUCGUACAGUCAACACUUCUUUUUACCUCUCACCAUCAGAGCCUUCAUCUUCAGUCAUGGGAGUUGCCUACAGCGUCGGAGAGGUGGACCACCUCUACACAUUCUUUGUGCAAUGGUCACCAGAUAUCUACAGAAAGAGGAACAAGAAGAGCUGCCAGCCUCGCUACAUCAGAGAGAAGCACCAGAAUGGUUAUGCUGUGGACAAAGACAUGCCUGCGAUCAGCAACCUCCACAGGAAGCCUGUCAAUAACCACAAAAUAGGGAAAAACUGGGAGAUCAUCACCGUAAAAGACUCCAAACGCCGUCUAAGUCUGUGCAGCUCAGUGGAUUCUGAGCCAGAUUCUGAGGAGCAAGAGUAUCAAGAGGAGGAUGAUGCUCUACCUGUCCUGAAUGACCACAGCCAGCUGCUAGAUGACCACCACCUGCUCAAGCUUGCUGCUCACAUGCCACCAAGGACCAGGGGCUAUAGGUGGCAUCUGGUGUACAGCACAGCCAUCCAUGGCAGCAGCCUGAAGACGCUCUACAGAAACAUGGCUGGUCUGGACAGCCCUGUGCUGCUGGUCAUCAAAGAUGUGCAGAAAAAGGUGUUUGGAGCUUUUUCUUCUGAUCCAUUUAAAGUCAGUAAAUACUGCUACGGCACCGGAGAAACCUUCCUGUUCAGCUUCAACCCUGACUUCCAGCAAUACCGGUGGAGCGGGGAGAACUCCUACUUCGUGAGCGGCAACUUGGAAUCUCUGCAGAUUGGUGGAGGAGGAGACGGCUUUGCCCUGUGGCUGGAUGCUGAUCUGUAUCACGGUGCAAGCUUUUCCUGUCCUACCUUUCACAACGCACCUCUAUCUACACAUGAAGACUUUAUUAUAGAAGAUGUUGAGGUCUGGACUGUGCAGAGUUGACUGCAGACAUCAAAAAACACAAGAUGAAAACGACACAAUCCUUUAGGACUUGAAAGGAAAUGUGUACUUUUGGCAAUACUUUGUCCUGAUGGAGCAUUUAUUGUCAUAUCUGCACCUGGAUCCAACUGCUCCUGUCACCGUACGAAGGCUAUGGACUGGUGGAUUUUCUACGUGGUUGAACUGCGUUAAAGACACGUUGCUACACGAAGUCCUAUUACAGGUUUUUCUUGCUCUGAACUCCUAACUGUUCAGUUAGCUACUGUAUCUACCAAUCCCACUGGCAUUUUCAUCGCUCCUGCACAAUGUGCUGCAAGAAAAAGCCACACCCACUGAAAGCACAUUGGGGAUUUCAAAAUGUAAAAAUAUGAUUUUACAUUUAAAAAAAAUCUGUUGUGCAUAAUGCUCAACAGUCAGGGAUAUUUGUUAAAAAAAUAAGAUUUGUUUGUGUGUUUAAGGCAUUUGUGCUUAAAAUGUGUGCAUAUGCUCUCAAGACUUUCACGGUAAUGACACUGUAAGAUGAUAUGACCCAAAACAGCCUACCUGAGCUAACUCCAUUUAAAAACUACAGCUGCAACUGAAGACCGAAUCAGUAUGGCUAGAAAAACAGCUCAGACUUGCACUACACACUUUACUGUAUUAUCUAUGACGUGUGCUGUUUAUGGACGAAGAAACCUGUUGUUUAUUGUCACCUCUGUUUUUGGAAAGAGACACCAAUGUGUCUACUUAGGUUAUUUUAAGCAGAUACAUUAUUUUGAAUAUUUUCAUAUUUUAGUGUCUAAAUAUUUACCUAUUUUUUUAUACUGGAACUGAAUCAAGAAGGCAGAGGUAAUUUGUGUCUGUUUGGUGUGCUUGUGUAUGUUAGCAUGUAAAUGUGAGCCUGCCAGGCAGUGCUGGCGCUGCCAUUCUUAUUCUUGAACCACAUUAAAAAUGUUGCCUUUUC